UGUAGAAAAGAUCAAGGUCUCUAACCGCAAGGCGAGACUAUCGCGGAGGCAUCCCCCUCCGUCCGUACCGAACUACGCUUGAUUUUUCGGCGAAGUAUCAGCGAAGAUAGAAUCCAUGGCGCAUCUAUCGGAUUCCGAGCUCGCUUUCCGGUUGCAGAUGGAGGAAGCGAUCUCCGCCUCUCUCUCCUCCCGACCCUCCGACCCUCCGCCGCGUUCUCCGUCUCCGAUCGUCCACAGGUGCGGCGUUGCAAUCGUCGUCAAUGACGAUCAGAGGAGCUCGAGGGUCCAGCCCGCCGGGAAUCAGGGCGGCGAUCUUGGGGCCUCUCUCUCCUCCCGAUCCUCCUCCGCUCCGCGGCGUUCUCCGUCUCCGGUCUUCCACAGAUGCGGCGUCGCGAUCGUCUUCAACGAAGAUCAGAGGAGUUCGAGGGUCCAGCCCGUCGGGAAUCAGGGCGGCGAUCUUAGGGAACGCCCCAACGGAGGCGGAAGAAACGAAAAACCCAACGGAAAGGGCAUUAUUUACGAGAAAUCCACUGGGGUUCCCGGAGAUGACCGCAUAACCACCGGCAAAAAUGGUAUCUAUCGGAAUUUCUCAGGCUCCAGCAACGCGGGGAAACCCUCGCCAGCGAUUCCACUGCCACAGGGCUUCGUUCGUCAGGCGGAUUCCUCCGGCGAGGGAUGUUCGGUGUCAAAAUUCAAGGACAAUCUAUUGUACAGACUGUACUUCAAGGGUUUGGUGAGAGAGCAAACAGGAGAUGACAAAAAUCCGGCGAUGUUGGCGGGAUUCGGAGUUGCAAUAUGCGAUAUGGCUGAUAAUCUGUGCUUCGAGAUGAAGGGUCCAUUGCACAACGCCGACAGGAACCGUCAAGCGGCAGAAAUUAGGGCGUUGAUGGUAGGGCUUGAGGAAGCCAUAGGUUUGGGGAUCAAACAUAUCGCAAUUUAUUGCGAUUACUAUCCAAUUUACCAAUAUCUCUCUGGAAGAUGGAUGCCUAAGCAAAAGAAGAUUGCACUGUUUAUGGAUUAUUUACACAGCCUCAGGCUUGAAUUGACAUCUACCAAACCCGUUCUGGCCACCCGAAACGAUAUCAAAUUUGCUUUCAAACUUGCAAGAGAUGCCAUAGUUUGCCAAACCAGGACUUCUGAGGGUACUAUCAGUGCAAAGGCAGCUCGGAAAGAGACUUGUGUCAUCUGCUUUGAUGAUACCGAUGCCGAGCACAUGUUUUCUGUUGAUAAAUGCCUUCACCGAUACUGCUUUUCUUGUGUAAACCAAUAUGUGGAGGUGAAGUUGCUUCAUGGAAUCAUACCCAAAUGUCCUCAUGAUGGCUGCAAGUCUGUGCUGAGUAUCGAUAGUUGUGGAAAGAUUUUGACACCUAAGCUGGUGGUGAUGUGGAAAAGGAGGAUCAGAGAAGAUUCGAUUCCUGUCACUGAUAAAGUUUACUGCCCAUAUCCGAAGUGCUCAGCUUUAAUGUCAAAAGCCGAGCUUUCUGGAUCUUCUGAAGGCCUCUUAUCUGUCCGUCCCCAUAGUUCUGGAGUUCGGAGAUGCAUUGAGUGUCAUGGUCACUUCUGCAUCAACUGUAAAGUUCCAUGGCACGAUAACUUGUCCUGUGCUGAUUACAAGAAACUCCAUCCCGACCCUCCAGCAGAUGCAAAGCUGAAAUCUCUCGCAAGCCUCCACAAGUGGCGACAAUGUCUCAAGUGCCACCACAUGAUCGAACUUUCACAAGGUUGCUACCACAUUACCUGCAGAUGUGGGUAUCAAUUCUGCUAUAACUGUGGAUCUGAAUGGGAUGUGAAGGCAAAUCGUUGCAAGUCAUCUUGCCCAUUGUGGAAUGAAAACCACCUCUUACGUGGCAAUGCUGCAAAUUAUGCUGGUCUCUUUGACGAUAAUGAUGACGAUGAUGACGAUGAUUAUGACGGUGGCCACGAUGAUUACGAAUACGACAUGGCAGACUAUCUCAUCCUAGGCUACCUCAAUCGUAAUCCUUAUGUCCCCGUCCUUGAUUUGAAUGAUGAUCCCUUUAAUAGCCCUGAAAGAUGGUUUUACGGCAUCGAAGAAGGCAUUGUGGAGGAAGAAGAAGAUUGGGAUAACCGCCUCGAGGAAGGCAUUGUGGAGGAAGAAGAAGAUUGGGAUAGCCGCCACGAGGAAGGCAUUCCGGAGGAAGAAGAAGAGUGGGAUAACCGCCACGAGGAAGGCAUCCCGGAGGAAGAAGAGGAUUUGGACUGCCUCGAGGAAGGCAUCCCGGAGGAAGGAGAAGAUUGGGAUAACCGCCUCGAGGAAGGCACCCCGGAGGAAGGAGAAGAUUGGGAUAACCGCCUCGAGGAAGGCAUCCCGGGGGAAGGAGAAGAUUGGGACAACCGCCUCGAGGAAGGCAUCGAUGGAUUCCCGGAGGAAGAAGAAGAUUGGGAUAACCACCAGGAGGAAGUUCCCCUAGCACACGCUGGCAACCCGCCUGGUUCUAUGACAGUUCACGCUCCUGAAAACGUCAUGGGAGACGGAUACUUUGAUGAUGAGGACUAUCGGCUCGAGGAGGAAGCUUAUCCUGAUCCAUCUGGUGGUACCACACCACCAGCAGUUCAUUUUGAUGAAACAGGGGGAUUCGGCAGAAUGGAAUACGACGAUUUCUGGCCCACGGAUUAUCAUUUCAGCGAAGCUUGGGAUCCAAGGGACUCCGAUGCGGACUGGUGGUGAGCUUUUUCAGUGUUCAAGUCGGAAAAACAAAAAUCUGCUUCUCUUUUCCUUUGCUAUAUACGUUACUUUGAACGACGCUGAGAAAUUAUGUGGGCUUAUAUGAACCACGAAUUAGUCUUUUGAUUAUAUAUAUGUAUAUAUAGUUGAGUUUCAAGAUCAAGGUACUGCUACUUUGGUUUCCAGUUUUAAAGAUUUGUGCCAAUCUGAUUUUUUUAUUUGGGUUCA